CGUUGAAGUCGAAAGUGAUCAGCUCUGAAGUGGUGGCGGAGCGUGAUUCAUGCUGGUCCAGGAAGCCCAUGACUGUCUUCUUGAUUACUUACCAUACACAAUGAACUUUUCUAUAAAUCCAGAAGCCCUUGAAGAUGGGGUUCAGGACCACUGGUGCUCUUCUCUCCUCUGUGUCCUAGUAUACCAGUCCUUCAGCCUUAUGAAGAGGUCUUUCUACUGUCUCGUCACUCUCCUCGGCCUUGCUCAGUCUCUGUCUCUGGGGCGAGAUCGUAACGAUGGCAUUCAUCUUGCUGUUGGACCGCACUGCGGCACCCUCAAUGGCAACGUUUCCGAUAUCAACGCUGGAGUAAAUCCUUUUCACUUCAAGACCGUUGUUUCAUUUGGGGACUCCUACACAGACGGCGGCGUCGACGACGGCUCUCCUCUUGCUCCAGCUGUGAUCAUCCCACCAAGUGUGCUUGCAGGCGGCAGAUCCACAGACGGUCCUGUGUGGGUUGAAUGGGUCGCUAAUGCUACAGGGGCUAAACUGAUGGAUUAUGCUCAAUCCGGUGCAUGUAUCGACCUCGCGCUCUGGCCGAGUAAUCCUCGCAAGGUCGACUUUCUAGGGCAAAUGUCAAUAUUCCUCAAUCAAUCGAAUGAGUUGGAUCCAGACACAACUCUGUACAGUAUCUUUUUUGGCAUAAAUGACUACAUUGCCUCCUUAAUUGAUGGUGAUCACAUGCAAGAAGCUGCACAAGUACUCCUCGACCAGAUUACGAUUUUGUCCAGUGCUCCUACCAAUGGCCGCUCGUUCAUGGUUCUAGAUGUAUACGGCCGAGGCACGCAUACUCCCUCCGGAGAGGCAUUCAAGCAGACCAUUUAUAAUGGUCUAAGCGAUUUUCACACUGGUUCUGAUAAGUUAAAUGUGGCGUACGUGGAUUUUUCCCGGAUCUGGGAUGGCGUUCUCGGAACGACUCCAGGAUACGAGGCAUUCGGAUACACGAGUACGGAUGACUGUGUCGACUGCUCUGAAGAUUGUGACGCCUAUGGGUGGUGUUUGGAUCCGGCGCACUAUUUCUACUGGAUUUCGGGGCAUCCGUCUAAUGAGACUAUGCGGAUUAUGGCGGAUUAUGUCCAUGAGGUUCUGACGGAAUGCCAGGUAGCUUGAUACAUUACCACGAACUGAAGAAGUGUACAUUCUCGGACAAUAAUGACGGUUUUCAGAAAUAAACCGGUGGCGGUGUUUCCAGAUUGAUCGUGUCUGCCUUGGCCGUUUCCUCUCAAC